GCUGACGGAGGGAGGGAGGCGCAGCACACACUCCCAGGGAGGCUAGAGCCGCUCCAACUACUGACCCACACACACACACACACACACAGACACACACACACAGCAGCACGGUGUCAUGGGCAGCCGGUGCUUCGGAGCGUGUCGAGUAGUUUAGGUAUGACGUUCUUUAUUUGGCCCCCCGCGCCACUUCCUGUUCAGGCAGCGCGUGUUAGCCGGAGGUGCUAACGGCUUGACGUCGACUUGUUUGUUCCAUGUCUGUUUUCUCUUCUAGAGCCCCGGCAGGGAGGAGGGACCACAGACAAGCUAAGGCGGCGGGGAGGGCGGCUUUGUGUGUGUGUUAGAGUCCGGAUAAAGGGGGGGCGGGUCUAUGUAAAUUGACAAACUUCGUCUGCAGACGGGUAGGGAGGGUGGAGAGGGGGAUGGAGCACACACGUCUAUCUAUUUCUGUCCGUCUCUAAACACUGUGUGUGCAGCACAGGCUACAAAACACCCCCCCCCACACACACACACACAUACACACACAUACAUACACACACACCGUGACAAGGAGCCCUGGAUCUGGUGCCGCUCGUUCUCAGAACCUGCCCCACACUGAACAGACCAGACCACAUGAGUCGGAAGAAACAGUUUUCAGAAGCUCCUCCUCUCGCUGGUGAGUUUAGUACCAUUGGCUGCUGAGCCAGGAGCCACACCCCAUCAGAGGAAGAUGAUCAAGAUGUCAUUGGACAAAGAACCCGCCCUCCCUUGUGAUAGGACGUUACAGGAAGUGCCAAUCAAAGUUAGUCCAGUCCUCCCAGCAAGCGUUUCCCUAUCAGAUCAGCCUAAACGUGCUAAGACACAUCCCCUGCGCCAAAAAAAUGGGAUUCGGCCUUCAGCCAACGAUCAAGCCCCGCCAACUGCUCCCACUCAGCGAAUUGCAAAGCGACGGUACUCCAUGGGCGUCGGCUUCAAGGGACUGGCCAAGCGUCGUCGUCGUGUCAACAGUGAUAGCCUAUCAGAGCCUGUCUUGCCAACAAAUUUCUUGUUGGGUGGAAAUAUCUUCGACCCACUGAAUCUUAACUCCCUAUUGGACGAGGAGGUCAACAGAGCAACCAACCAGGAAACCCCCAAGUCUUCGCCCCUGCCGGUGCGAGGAGGAGAUCCUGUGGAGAUCCUGGUGCCUCGUGACAUCACAGAUCCUCUCAACCUGAAGGGAGGUGGUGAGGAGGCAGGGGCAGGAAGGCUGCUCUUAUCCCCCCAGAAGAGCAGAAGGCGACAUAGGAAUAGACACCAUGGGGGGGCUGCUGGGGCAGAGGUGGGGGAGAGAGGGAAGACAGAAGGAGGAGGAGAGAGGGAGGUGAACCCGGCUCAGCUGUUCUCCUCUAAAGGACCAACAGCAGUUGCAGUACCAGUUUUGACCAGAGAGAGAAGUAUACCUCCUUCACCACUGCCCUGUGAACUCAACACUGCCAUCACUUGUCGUGAGGAUUUGGCCCAACCCCCCAUUUUACCCAGAAGACACACUCAUCCACCAACCAGCCACACCCACAAACCUCGUAACCAAAGGGAUGGUCGCCAAAAGAGACGCCGCCACACCACCUCAACGAGGUCAUCAGACGGUGCAGAUAUUUCAGUUGCUGUAAUCCUGCCAACCAGGUUCCAGACUCCACUAGUAGGAGGGACUAAUGCCAGCAGCUGUGGAGGACUACAGGCAAACGCCGCUCAAGCAUCAGCAAAGAACAAAAAAGAUAAACGCCGCUACCAGUACGGCAACCACAGUCAUUACUAUGGUUACCAUGGUUUCUAUGGCGACAGGUACGAGGGGCUAAUAGGAUCACGGGAGGACCCCAGGCUCUGUCUGCUCAAAGCUAAUUGGUUCAGAGACAAGGAAGUACUGGACAUUGGCUGUGGGGUUGGUCACCUGACCCUGGUAAUCGCCAGACGAUUUUGCCCCGCCAAAAUAGUGGGAGUGGACCGAGACGAGCGACUGGUCCACGCUGCCAGACAGAACAUUAGACACCUCCUGUCACAUGACCUAGUCUUGAGGGAGAGAGGCAGGGGAAGAGAGAAGAGAGGAGAAACGGACACUUCCGUGAAAGACGAGCCUCGAGAGACAAGAGGGGAGAGAGAAGAGGAGGUGAUGGAGGAAGUAGAGAGGGCUCUUUCCUCUGUCACCUCCUUUCCUCUCUCCUUCAGGCUGUGUCAUGGACCCCUCUCUGCACCUCCUCUGACCCACCAAGCUACUGGAUUCCCCAACAACAUCACCUUCAUAUCGGGCGACUAUGUGUCAGAGCAAGAGGCGUGGCCUGGCCAGGGCCUGUAUGAUGUCAUCAUGUGUCUGGGCGUAACCAAGUGGGUCCAGCUCCAGUCAGGAGACGCAGGCGUGGUCAGGCUGUUCAAGCGGGUGUAUCAGAGCCUGUCUCCAGGCGGGCUGUUCAUCCUGGAAGCUCAGCCGUGGAGCAGCUACGGCCGUGGCAGGAGAGCUACGGAGGUGACAUUUCAGAACUACAGGAACCUUCGUCUGCGACCGGAGAAUUUCACCUCACACCUGACCGAUAAUACAGGAUUCCAGUCAUACAGAUUACUGACACACACAGGUGACCAGAGGCCAAUCUAUCUGUUCCACAAAGGCUCCGUCCCCAGGAAGUGAGGUCACUGCAGCAGUAUUUGGUUUGGUGCAAGUUCAGGCAUCCGUCUUUGUGGUAACGGUGCUGAACCCUGACCUCUUCUGUUCAGGGCGCUGGAAAACAGGAGCACGUGAGCACACAUGAGGGUUACUCUGAGUGACAGAAUGAAGACGGACUCGAACUGACGAGUUUGUCACGAAGCGCUUCAGGAAACCAGGGACUUGAUGUCCAACCGUCAGACAACCACUUCUCAUCUGCUGCCAUCAGAGAGGAAGUGGAAAAACUUCUGAAGUCCGUAUUUCCUCUUUGGACCACAGAAUGGCUGCAGACUGGAGCUGGCUCAUCAGCCCACAGCAAAGCAUUGUGGGUGACUGGAAGAGCGGUUGUCGGUCAAACUUUGGAUCCUAAAUGAUCUUUUCUUUGGAAGGAGGACCUGCGUAAUGUGACCUCAGUAAUGUAAAGGCGCUAUGGUGUAAAUCUGCACUUCUUCUGGACGCUCUUUAAGACCUUCUUAUUCCAGGUCUUGACGAGGACGGUUGACAGUUGGCACUCAGAAGGCAACGACUUAUUUUAAAGGUUAUUUCAGUUUCACGUCCCAGCUGCUCUGCUCUUCACAAAGGCUUUUGUUGUUGUUUUGUUUUUUGUGUUACUUCUCAUUAUUUUCAGCAUCAGUAACAGGUUUGGAUGCCAUCACCAUGGAAACAUGGAUGGCGUGCUACAUUUCAGCUCAUUGCCUAGCAACCAUGGGUCAGGACUGUGGAGCCAAGAUGGCUGCCAUAUAGGGAGGGUGUAUUGGAAGGAGGAGCUUUUAUAACUUCCAGCUGGAAAGACUUCCUUAGAAAAAUAAGGCACCGUCCCUCUGAAUAAACGACUUUACAGUGUCUUCCAUUAAACAACUGCCGAGUCACCCACCACCCAUGUGUCAGUUUUACACGCCGCUGUCCGGUCACACCCACUUUUGAAUUCGCUAAAAUAAGACUACAUGCAUCAAAUCCAGAGUGUUCUGAUGCGAUUCAGUCGUUUGUUCCUCACAUGCUUCACUUACAAUACAACACGCAGUGAAAUUAUUCUUUGUCAAAUUGCAACAAAAGAAAUGGAACAACAGUAACUAACAGUAUUUUAAAAAUAACUCUAGGGAGUAUACAGAAGGUACAGCCCGAUAAAUAUCUAUGUACAGUGUGCAGUUACUGUGCAGUUUUAAGAUGCAAGUUGGUCUGAAUGAGUAUUCUGUGCUUCUGCUCUAAAUGUUCAUCUUUGUGAUUCUGUUCAUGUGAUGAUUUAAGACUGA